UGUCACUGAAAAUGAAAAUGUCUAUCCUCAAUUUUAUCUAUAAUAUGACUUUUGUAUUGAUCUUUAGAAAGUGUAUCAUUGUUGGAGGAAUUUCAUCAAGAGACAGUAAGCUAAUUAAUGUAGCCAGAAAAUCCAAUGGGGCAAUGUGCACACGUUCUUCCACAUUUCCAACUGCAAAGUAUAACUUUGAGUGUGAAUUUGCCCUGAAACCUUUCUGGAUUGAUUACAAUGAUUGGGCAGCUCUCUGCUCAAAUGCAAAUUGCAAGCAACAUUGGAUAGAGAUUACUUUUACAAAGAUCUAUGAUGUAAUAGAGUUUUGUACUACCCAGAGGUUAGUUGACCCUUCAUCAUUGAUGACAGCCAUUAAAGUUACCAUGGGAACUAAUCCAACCCGGAUUUAUCACAUUAACAUUUUAACAACAUGUUUGUUGCUUGAAGAUGGCGAUGGAUCUAGUUCAUCUAAGGCAAAAUUUGAAGCAGAGUCCUAUAUGUCUGGAAAUACAAGAAAUAUUGGGUUUAAUGAUAUAUCUAUUUUUGCACUAGAGAAUGAAAAUGUACACAACGGAGAUAAACUUACAAACACAGCUUUUAAACAUGUAGGAGCUAGCUGUAGUGCAUCAAGUUCAAGGUCAACUUUUGAAUGUAGCGAAGCACUAGACCGAGACAUAACUAAAACCUGGAGUCCAAAUUGUGAUGUGAGUGACUCAUUGAAAGGGUCGUGUGUAAAUCAUUAUAUUGAUGUAGCAUUAGCAUUCCCUGCAGAACCAAAACUACUAUGCAUAUCAAAUGGACACCAAUUUACAAAUAGAAUUAAGACUGUUAGAGUUGAAUGGAGUUCAGGAUUUAAUCAGACAGUAAAUCUUCCAAAUGCUGACCAGAUACAUUGCUUUAAUUAUACAAAUUCUUUUGGAAUGGAACAUGGACUAAAACUUACCAUUAUGGAUGUUUACAUUGACAAAAAUGUUGGAUUUCAAUAUGUGAGUGUUUUUGUAAAAGAUUCUUCAAAAUUGAUAUAUUUAAUUCAGUCAGAAAACUUUGUUGUCUAUCAUCUAUCACCUUAUGUUUACCAGAAUUUUAGGGCUAUAAAAUUUCAAAUUUUAGGUGUAAAUCUAGGUCAAACAGAUGAUUGUUCAUCUUUUAUAAUUGCCUUUAAAAGUGAAACAUCAAUCCAAUUGACUAUAAAGCUCAAUGAAAUUAUAAACAACAACAAAAUUUCAUCAAUGGAAGUAACUAAUCAACCUUCAAUACAAAUAAGUUCUUUACCAUUGUUUAGUUGUGAUGAUUGGAAAAGUUUCUGGCUAGAAAUGUCAGAAAGUCAUAUAACAUUUGGUUUGGGUAUGGAAUAUGGUAUUUCUAGAUUGGCAACUAUCUCAUCAGCCAUAUCUAUCAAACCAAGACAAAUCUUGUUUAAAAAUGGUUUGUCAAAUAUAAAAAAUGGAGUGAGGGUUGUUGAUGAAGAUGGAAUAAAACUGGAAAACUUUUAUCACGACUGCACUAAUAAUGAAUAUUAUAAAGCAAUUGAUCCACAUAUUUAUACAUGCACACCACUAAAGGAAAGAAACAGUCUCUUUCAUUACAAACUGUCAAAUGGAAAUGGCUUUAGAAGCAAUAGUACUUUUUCUAAAGUUGUAUUAAAAAAAACUGAUACUCUUUUGGGAGAUUUUAAUGUUAAUAUCUUCAUCAAGUUGGAUAAUGCUGAUGGCAAGUUAUGUAAACAGCAGCAGACAAUGAUUGAGAAAAAUUCCUAUUUUCAUUUUCCAUUUGAAUGUGAAGCAAGAAGCAAUAAAGGAUUAGAUAAUUUACAUAUUCUUAUACAUAUAUAUGAGUUGUCAGACAUUCCAAAAUUGUCUCUGUGUGAUAUAUCAGUAGAUUUUUAAUCUUUAAAAUAAGACACAAAAUUUCAAUCUCCAUCUACAGUUGAUUGUAUUAUGC